ACUUAAUAAGAUAGGUACUUUACAUAUAAUUAUCCAUAUUUAAUACGAGAAGAAAUUAGAAAACAUUCUAUCUAGAAUACUAGUCUAAAUUCAUCUGUGGUCAUCGUCAAUCGUCAUCAUUAUACAGAUUACAGUGUAUCACGUAUGGUCAUCUCUUGGAUUCCUAAAGCUAAAUUACAUUUAACAUUCUGAGAUGGUUGGCGGUUGCAUUGUUUUUGCAAAUUGCAAAUUGCAAUGUCUUCUUACUUACCUGUGUUUGUUUUUAUUGAUGAGCAACGAUUUAUUAAAAUAACAGGAAAACGAUUUUUAUAGUGAAAUUUGAAAUAGUAUGUCAUGUCCAAAAUGAAUUCACAACCAGAGCUGCGUACCAAUGCUAGCAUUUAUGCUAACCCCUUUCCAAAAUUCGGCCGCCCAGAAAUUAUAGGUUAUAUAGGAUUAGAAAAUCUUAAAUAUGCAAGAAAGAUUUCUAAUACUACCGUAAAUUUUGACCUUAACUUACUAGCAGAAGAAGCGCAAAGGAAACCACCUGAACAUGAUGUAAAGUUAAAUGACUUAAUUCGGUUCUUGUACGAUAAUGAGAAACGUUUGAAUUUUCGAACUCCAAACAACCUCGAUUCUGCUACAAUAUUUUGCUAUCGGGGCUUAAUGACCUGUGUCGCCAACUCGCCUUAUGAAAAUGAGCCUUGGAUGAUCGUGGCGUUAUUAUUUAAGGGAAAUAUAUAUUUAUGUGCACGAGACACCCAAGUCAAGAAGUUAAAGAAAAAAAAUAUGACUGAAAAGGAUAAAUUAUUUACAUCAUGGGGAUUCAAGUUUGAACAGUAUAUUUUGUCUGAUAAACCCCAUGUGAAACCAAAUCCAAAUGUGCCUAAUAAUGAAAUGGAGGAGUUUUCAUGUGUCUUUAGGACAACACUAAACAAUCAUAAAAUCAUAUACGGUGCAGAAAUGGAUGGAAUUCGUUGUGAUAAAAAAGAAGUUCAUGAAGCUCCUCAGACAGUUGAUGAUGUCUUACAUUAUUUACAAGACAAAGAAUUCAUAGAGGUUAAAACAAAUCGACAUUUAGAAUUUCCCCAUCAACAUAAAAGUUAUAGACGGUAUAAGACAAGAAAAUGGUGGUGCCAAUCAUUUCUUGUUGGAAUAGAUACAAUAAUAUGUGGUUUUAGGAAUGAUAAUGGUAUUGUUGAGAAAUUACAAACUAUCAAUGUUAAAGAUCUCCCAAAAAUUUCAAAGGAAUUUUGGGACCCAAAUGUUUGCUUCAACUUUUUGGAUACGUUCUUUGUGUAUGUGAAAAGAUGUUUCAACCGAGAAAUAAAAUGCAAAUAUGGCGGUAAAGAUUUCGAUCUAAAAAGUGUGCCAUUAACGAGUUUGUUGUUUGAGCUGGUGCCAAACAAGUAUGUUAAAUGCAUGAACUAUGCCCACGAAGAUGACCCAAUUCUUCCCGACUGGUUUCUCACCACAUUUGGAAAACACCAGGAAAUAUAAUGACAAUACAAUAAUGUUUAUUUAAGUACAUAGUGAUCUAUUCCAACCAACACUGGCAACCCAAAGGCAAAACGAAAAAUACUAAGGGUAAGGGUCUACCAAAUCAACAAAAUACAAUUAUAAAAAGAGUGACGGAGAGUUUAUUGCCAGUU